AUGCCUCCACUAAGUGCCGUUAGAGUAGCCUCGAGAGCCCAGCCAACAAAGAACGUCGUCGUCGUUUUCCAUGGCCUAGGCGACUCCGGCUCAGGCUGGACCUUCUUGGCAGACUUCUUGCAACGCUCGCCAGCAUUCGCUCACACCAGAUUCGUCUUCCCAAACGCUCCAAACAUGCGCAUCGACGCAAACGGCGGUAUGCUAAUGCCAGCCUGGUUUAACCUCUACGAUUGGGAGAAUCCAGAAGCCAGGAUCGACGUCCAGGGCAUCACUGACUCGCUAAAAGUCGUCGAUUCCUACGUGCAAGAGCAGAUCGACAGUGGCAUCCCAGCGGAAAAUAUCAUUCUAGGAGGAUUCUCACAGGGUGCUUCGCUAGCUCUCGCCAGCACAGUCACUUCGCCUCACAAACUAGGUGGGUUCUUCGCCCUUUCAGGGUUCAUGGGACUCAAGAAACACGAUCUCGAGCCAUUGGCUAAGAAUCUAAACCAGACGACGCCUGUGUUCCACGGCCACGGGACCCAGGACCCCGUUAUUCCAAUCCACUACGGUCUAGAAGCCAAGAACUUCUUCGAGAAACAGUUCCAUCUCUCGGAAUAUGAAUUCAAGGCCUACAAUGGAAUGGCGCACUCUACGUCGCCAGAAGAAAUGCAAGAUCUCGUCCAGUUCCUGCUCAAGAUUAUUAAAUAG